GCAUAAAAACUGGUUACGAUGAUGAUGACGAAAAAAAGGUGCCAAAUUCCAAUUAUCUUGAAUCAAUGACAGCAGAGGAACAAAAAGAAUUAGACGAAGCGUUUGCUGAAUAUAAGCAGAAAUUUAACAAACAGUACUCCCACCAGGCAGAACAUGAGAUGAGGAAAAGUAUAUUUCGUGAAAAAUGGAGAUUGGUUAAGGAGACAAAUCGCAAAAAUUUGAGCUACACGUUAGCUUUGAACAAAAUGUCUGAUCGUACAAAGAAGGAACUGAUACGAUACAAAGGAUUACGAAGAGAUAAACCAAGAUCAGUUGGCAACAUACGAUUCCCAUAUUCACACGAAGAAAUUAAGAAAAUAUCGGAAACGUUACCAUCGCACUACGAUUUAAGGCUUGAAGGAGUCGUUGGUCCGGUUCUAGAUCAAGAUAGUUGCGGCUCAUGUUGGACUUUUGGCACGACCGCUGCUGUUGAAGGAGCCUUGGCAAGGAGCAAAGGUGGCAUGCUGAUUUCGCUAAGUAAUCAGGCUCUUCUAGACUGUUCUUGGGGAAUGGGAAAUUCUGGCUGUGACGGUGGAGAUGAUAUUUCUGCCUACAAAUGGAUAAUGAAGCAUGGCUUGCCUACGGUAGCGGAAUAUGGACCAUAUAGCAAACAGGACGGGUAUUGCAACAUUGAAAAUAUGACGACCACUUACAAAAUUCGUGGUUGGACUGAUGUGACUCCAUUAAGUGAACAAGCUCUGAAGAUCGCACUUAUUAAUCAUGGGCCUUUAUCGGUUUCCAUUGACGCUGAAGAUGCUUUCACACAUUACGACGGAGGAAUUUUAUACGACACAAAGUGCCAAUCCUCAAAAGAUGACAUGAACCAUGAGGUGACUUUGGUUGGCUACGGAGAAAAAGACGGUGAAUCAUACUGGAUCAUCAGGAAUUCAUAUGGACCGUAUUGGGGCAUCGACGGAUAUAUUCACAUUUCAACGCGAGACAACAACUGUGGUGUUAUGACAGAACCCACGUAUGUCGUUGUUGAGUAAACCCCACCAUUAUGCAGUAAGAUUGGA